UUUUAAUAAGUAUAGUUGAAUUUUUUUUGUAAAUUUUAAUAAUGAAAGUAACUAGUGAUAGUUUAAGUAAUAAUGAAAAACAAUGUGAGGAAAAAAGUGAAAAUGUUAAAGCAAUUUAUACGAAUCAGUAUUGGAUAUCAUUCGCAGUUAGUUUAAUGGCACUCAACAGUGGUAUGUCAAUGGGAUGGAUAAGUACAGCAUUACCAAAAUUAACUGGUUACAAUUCACCUAUUAUAAUCACCACAUACCAAGGAUCAUGGCUGGUCUCAUUAUUAGAAGUGGGUUCAUUAUGUGGAUCAAUUAUAGCUACAUACACCUUAGAUAGAAUGGGUCGAAAAUUUACAUUACUUCUAUCAGCAUUUCCAACAAUAAUUAGUUCAAUCUUAUAUGCAAUUGCAACAAAUGUACAUUUAUUAUUUAUUGGACGUUUUUUAAGUGGCAUCACAGUUGGUGCAAAUCGUUCAACAAUAUUCUUAUACAUAUCAGAAAUAUCAUCACCACAAAUACGUGGUACCUUAAGCAGUUUUAUGUUUAUGCAAUUAAAUAUCGGUUUAUUAUUACAAUUUAUAAUCGGAUCAUAUUUAACAAUACAAUUAAAUUCAUUGUUAUUAUUAAUUAUACCAAUUAUAUUUUUAAUAACAUUUAUUUGGAUACCAGAAUCACCAUAUUAUUAUUUAUUAAAAGAUGAUUUAAAAUCAGCACGAAAAUCAAUUCAAUUAAUACGAAAUGGUAUAAUCAUGUCAUAUGUACAAGUAAUAUUCCAACAAGUUGAUACAUCGACCACACCACAAGUGAAUUCAAUCAUAGUUGUAUCUUCUGUAUUUAUUUCAUCAUGGAUAUGCACAUAUUUCAUUGAUACAUGGGGUCGUCGACCAUUGUUCAUAACAUCAUGUAUUGGUGUAUCAAUUGCAUUAUUUUUAAUUGUAUCAUAUUUACCAGUGAUCGGUUUAUUAACAUUUAAAAUAUUUGAGAGUAUUGGUAUUGGACCAAUCACACAUAUAUGUAUUUGUGAAUUAUUCUCAACGAAUGUUAAAGCGAUUGCAAUAUGGCCGGAUUAA